AGUCAAUGCUCUUCUUAAACAUAUACUCUUCUUUUUUGGCGGGCGAAAAGAAAAGAAAAAAAGUACCCUCCUGGACAUUGUUGCACAUUCACGCGUACACCCACUCCACACGUCGUUCCACACUGAUCGCCAUCUACCCCUGUCUUUCUCCAUUUGGGCCUGCCCUGAGCACCCAAAACAAUGGAGCAUCUGAUAGUCUAUCCACUGCUCUAUUGUAAAAUCAAUACCAAUGACAUAUGCCAACCCAACUGUAUACGACACACAAUCACGAUGCAGCGCAUUACACAAUCGACUUGUUGUGGAAAUGAGAAAGAACGAGAGCAGAGAUUUGAUUGUCCAAGGAGCAUGACAUGGCAUAGACAUGGGCAUGGGUCCAUAGCCUCGGCACAUGCACAUGCAACGGGUAUAUGCGAGAGCUUGAUAAUCCUAACCCAUCACAAAAGAAAUAAGAUAGAUCUUCGUAACAAGCACGCUGGAACACUUUCUCCCAAUGUGCCCAUCGCUUCCUUCUCUCCCGCCCUUUUAUCUCACUUUUCAUUCAUUGGGUGUUUGCGAAGGGUGCGUGAGUGUGUGGGGUUGCACGCUUUAAUCGCUUUCCUCUUGUUCUCGCGCAACCUCGUUGUUGGUGAGGUCAGGUGCAACACCAGAGUCUACAGCGUUUCAAAGACAUAACACGUACACGCACACAUCCGAUGCAACCAGGGGGGGUUUUCUUCCUCUUCUUUUGGUCCCCUAUGAUCCAUGAAGAAAAACCGCUGCUUCUUUUCCCACUUCUCCAUGACAUUUCCUUCGGCUUCAGUUUUCUCUUCACUCCCCUCUCAGCACCCAAUCUCAAAGAUAUCCGAUAUCUGAGUCUGACGUUCUUCAUUCAUCUUCCUUUCUCCCGCACACAGAUACACAGCAGCCGCAGUUCAUCCAAUUACCUUCCAU